AUGUCGAAAAGGAAAAGGGAAAACUUAUUUGUUCGAGAGUCAAAUUGCAGUGAACAAGAAAGCUUUUACGAGGCUUACACGAAUUCAAAUAGCAGCGAUGAGGAAGAAAUCAGAUUUCCUAGAAAUAGAAAUGUAAAUAGAAUUGCAUCAUCUGAUUCCGAUUCGGAUAUUGAUAAGUGCAAUGGUAGUGAUACUGAGUGUAAUGAAGAUUCCAUUGAUGAGAUUUUACAAGAAUUGAUCAUUGAUGAAGACAGGAGGACUGAUGAUACCGAGGAAAAUACAAUUCAAUUUGGCGAAUGGAAUGAAUUUAGUGGUCGGCAGAAGUCAUUUUCUUUUUCCGAGACGGGCGGCCUCAUUAGACAAUUACCAGGUGAUGUUCAUCCAUAUGAUGUGUUUGCGCUGUUCGUCGAUGACGAAAUAAUAGACUUAAUGGUAUCAGAAACAAAUAGAUACGCGGAACAAAAGCUAAAUAAAUCUGACCUACCACCGUGUUCACGGAUGCAUAAGUGGAAACCCACUAAUCCCGAAGAAAUAAAAAAAUUCUUGGGACUGAUUUUAUAUAUGGGAGUUGUAAAAGUAAACCCCAUUGCCAAUUAUUGGUCGAAAAGCCCAUUAUAUAAUUUUCAAUUACCGCGUACUAUAAUGUCACGAAAUAGAUUUGAGUUACUAUUGAGUAACUUUCAUUUUGCCAAUAAUGAGUCCAUUGCCCGUAACGAUCGACUUGGAAAAAUACGUCCACUUUUCGACAAACUGGAGGAAAAGUAUCAGGAAAUAUUAACGCCUGGAGAACAUAUUGUUAUUGAUGAAACGUUAAUUCCAUGGCGCGGAAGACUCAUUUUCAGACAAUAUAUACCAAACAAAGCGCACAAGUACGGAAUCAAAUUAUUUAAAUUAUGCUCAGACACGGGGUAUACAUGGGCGAUGAAAAUUUACUCUGGUAAAUCGGCUGAUGGUAUUAGAGAAACGGGAUUGGCACAUAAUGUAUGUCUUGAGCUUGCAGAAAAACUUUUCCACCAAGGACGCACAUUGUAUAUUGAUAAUUUUUACACCAGUUAUGAGUUAGCAAUAUCAUGCCUAAACCGCAAAACCCAUGUCGUGGGAACACUUAGGAAUAACAAAAAAUUCCUUCCAAAAGAUAUUCUUCAUUGCAAACUGAGAAAAGGAGAGAUGGUAUCCAAAGAAGAUGAUAACGGGAUUGUGGUACUCAAAUGGAGAGAUACACGGGACGUAAGAAUUUUAUCCACAAAACACGCUCCUAUCAUGGUCCCAAUUGCAAAAAAAAAUCGUAGCAUUCGGACUAUUUCUCCAAGUGAACAGAUACCUGCAACACUCAAACCACUAGCUGUUGUCGAAUAUAAUACAGGAAAGUGUGGCAUAGAUUAUUCCGACCAAAUGGUUUCCUAUGCCACUACAAUUAGAAAAGGAAUCAAGUGGUACCGAAAGCUUGGCAUUCAAUUGCUUCUGGGAAUUUCUGUUGUAAACGCCUUGACGGUUUACAAAAUUGCAACGAAGAAAGAUGUAAAUAUUAGAAGAUUUAGGGAAAUAUUAGCUUCAAAAUUAUUUGGGUUGUCUGAUAGCACAACAAGUCCAUGUUCUCGUCGAAGACAGCACCAUAUCGCCGUUCGAAAAAAUGAUUCCGGAGGAAGCAUUAGACGCGCAUGCAAACAGUGUUAUGCAAAUAAAAGUUGUCAAAUGGGCAGAUCAAGAACACGAGAUAAUGUAAAUAAAACAACAACUUAUUGUCCAAGUUGUCCCAACCAACCCCAGCUUUGUAUAGAAUGUUUCAAAGCUUGGCAUUCUCCAUAA